AUGGCUUGUCAUUGGGCUGCUGGAAUAGGACCUAGUUUAUUGAGUGAUAUGGAUAUUUUAAGAUUAUGUCGGUCGAUUCUAUGGAACGAAAAUGAUGCUCGAGUAUUAUUAGAAACAACGCGACUUUUGUACACUUUCUUAUCUUGUUCUAUUGAUACAGAUCAUCAAACUGUGAUUGAGCAUGAUCAUUUGACUGAGUUCUUGACGCCCGUUUCCAUGGCACCUUCCAUAUUUCAUCAAUAUACAUCCAUUAUAUGCAACACCCUUCACUCAGAACUAUUACUCAAAAGUCUGGAAUUACUGACGCGUAUUGUCGUUUACAUAAAUGCCGUUACACACAGCAUCCCUAAACGAAGAAGACAACAACAACAGCUAGAGGAAGAAAAACAAAAAGAAGUAGCAGCAUCGAUAUACUUAGAAGAGGAGCAAGAACUCAUAAAUAAAGCGGACACAUUGACAUUGAUUCGAUGGGGUACAGAAAGAUUGGAAGAAGAAGGAAAAGGUGUAGGCAUUGGAAUGGGAUUUAACCGUGGUAUAGCAAAAAACGUGAUGUAUCUGCUUUGGACUAUCAUGGCCUAUGGGCUUGUUGAUAUAGACGAAUGCGAAUUAUUUGAUACAGUUUGA